GUUGCCAUGUUCCCGUUUUCUCUAUGGGUGUGGUGAAGAGACAGCUUGUUGAAAAUUGAGUUCAACCGUGGCGAGGGUGCAUGGCCCUUUAAAUAUAUUACAAUUAGUAAAACCGAGUGCGCUUUAUUUGUUGUUUAUUUUACACCUAGCAGCAUGUGUGGAUUUUGAAGUCAGCUGGGUUACAGAGCAAUACGACGAGCUUGAUUCAGGUUCCAGCUGGUCUCUUCUGCCUCACAGGUGCCUCAUACCAGGACGAUGAGUGAACUGGAGCAGUUACGGCAAGAGGCCGAGCAACUUCGCAAUCAGAUCCGGGAUGCCAGAAAGGCUUGUAGUGACUCUACUCUGUCAGAGAUCACAGCUGGUCUGGACUCAGCAGGAAGGAUACAGAUGAGGACCAGACGUACUCUUAGGGGGCAUCUCGCCAAAAUCUAUGCCAUGCACUGGGGCAGCGACUCAAGGUUACUUGUUAGUGCCUCCCAGGAUGGCAAAUUAAUCAUCUGGGACAGCUACACAACAAACAAGGUGCAUGCAAUUCCUCUGCGCUCAUCCUGGGUGAUGACAUGUGCCUACGCCCCUUCAGGCAACUAUGUGGCCUGCGGCGGCCUGGACAACAUCUGUUCCAUCUACAGCCUGAAAACCCGAGAGGGCAACGUCAGGGUUACCAGAGAACUUCCUGGACACACAGGAUAUUUGUCUUGCUGUCGCUUCCUCAGUGAUACCCAGAUUGUCACCAGCUCUGGAGACACCACGUGUGCACUGUGGGAUAUCGAGACAGGCCAGCAGGCCACCACUUUCACAGGCCACACCGGUGAUGUGAUGAGUCUGUCACUCAGCCCUGACUCCAAGACCUUCGUAUCAGGUGCCUGUGACGCCUCCUCCAAGCUGUGGGACAUUCGAGACGGCAUGUGUAGACAGACCUUCACCGGCCAUGUUUCUGACAUUAAUGCUGUCUGCUUUUUCCCGAAUGGAAAUGCCUUUGCUACGGGCUCAGAUGAUGCCACCUGCAGGCUGUUUGACCUGCGUGCAGAUCAGGAGCUCAUGAUGUAUUCGCAUGACAACAUCAUUUGCGGCAUCACCUCUGUGGCCUUCUCCAAGAGCGGCCGCCUGCUGCUCGCCGGCUACGACGACUUCAACUGCAAUGUCUGGGACACGUUAAAGGGCGAGAGAGCAGGUGUCCUCGCCGGCCACGACAACAGGGUGAGCUGUCUAGGCGUGACGGAUGACGGCAUGGCUGUGGCCACGGGCUCUUGGGAUAGCUUCCUCCGUAUCUGGAACUGAGCCCGACAGCUGGACUUUAUGGAGGACUGCACCAUCACUACAGGUCUCAACUGUGAGAACAACAUGCCUUUUGUAUUCACUUAUUACGACACAUUCCUGUGAAGAGGCCCAGGCUGACCCGACAGAGGUCAGACAGGAGGUUAUUGAGAAAUGAUGGAGGCAUCAUUGUGCUUUAUGUACAUACAUAUGUACAGUAUAUGAAUAUAAAUAUGGUAUAUAUGUACAGCAAUAUGCGCAUGUAUAUGCCAUAUAUAUUCUCACACAAUGGUAUUGUAUAUAUUUUUGUAGUUUGAUUGCAACACAUUAUAGCUGUUUGUUUUGGAGAUGCAUCAAUUACAGUAUAUUAAAAGUCCAGGAUAUUUUUAGCAGAUUCUUGUAUGCCAGUGCCCUUUAGCACCUGUGGUCAAUUUCCUUUUUUUUUUUUUUUUUUUUAAAAGAAAGCACUUUCUAAGGACCAAUUUCCUCAGAAAUGAUAAAGCACAGGUGCUUUCUGAAUAGUUUAAAUAGAUAGGGUGUGGCAGCAACUGUCUGGCAUAAGCAGCAGAAAUGGAAUGAAAACUGUGCUUAUUAAUGAUUUCUACCCAUUUCCUUUGGUGAAAUAACAAUAUUAUAGACCUUAGGAUACUAGAUAGCUAAAGGGCAUUAUGGACUUGUGUAACCAGCAGCUAUGUAACUAAGGACAUCCACGAAAUGUGUUUGUUGCUGUGGUAUUAAAUUAAGUCCCUUAUUUUUCUAGUAUAAUGCUUUUUGUCAUGAUCCCUGAUUUCUCCAGGAAUUGAUCCAAAUUGAGAAUUUAAGAGCUUAAAUAUAUCUUGUAUUGCCUUGAUACCAGAUGGUUCUGCACUGAUCUGUAAGUGUACCAGGAUACUGCUGCCAUCCAAAAACUUACAUCCCAGCUCUAAUGUACAAACACAAUCACAGCAUAAUAAAUGCUGGGGGUUUUUGUAGCCAGAAUAAGGCAGGUAAUCCUAGACACAAAUCAUUAUUAUUACUGCAGUACACAACAUGUAGAAGGUUAUUUUUUUCUGCACUAUUGAUCAUUUCUCAUCUGCCUGAAAACCCAUUCAAGCUUUCCAAGUGCUACUGAGACUAUCUAGAAAACCUCAGAAGACCCAGACCUGUGCAAUGUAAGAUGUUAUCAGUCUGUAGGUAAUUAUAAAGCAAUCGACAGUACUAUAGCCUGAAUGAACUAUGUUUAUUUGUUGGGUCGAGUUUGUUAGAGCAUGGUUAGUUUUAGUUGUGAAACUAAAUUUAGGCCGCUGUUAAUGAAGAACACUAUAAAUAUAUUGUGCAGAAGGUGUUGUGCCUGUUUUGCCUUCACUCAUAAAUGAUGCAGUAUUUCAUUCUUUUAUCGGUUUGUACCAGCAGUAACCAAAGGAACCAAACAAUUGGCAGUGUUCAUUUACAUUCUUAGCCAUGCCCAUUGCAAUUCCUUGCAGUAUAUUUGAUACAGCCAGACCAUUCAGCCAUGUAUUUUUUUGUAUUAUAAACCACGCCUUUUAUAAUAAGCCUUAAUGUGUAAUCUUAGUUACAUUCAUCAAAACAUUCCCAGUCUAUUUUAUACCCAUUUUUGUGCCAUUGCUCAUCUUGACUGUGGAACGUAUCAAGGGAUUUUCUCAAUCAUUCAUUUUGUUUAACAAGCGAGUGUAGUGGACACACUGUGUUAGAAUGCAGUCACGUGUACAACCCUGGUGCUUAAAUGUGUGUAUGGCAGAGUGUAUUAUUGUAGCGAGUGUUUCAGUGAUGACCCAACGGCAUUAGCAGCAUUUGCUGUUCCCAUGGUCAGUUUUUUAACUGCAGAAUGAAGUGGUGUUUUGCUGAUUUUUGAAGUUGUAUGGAUUUUGGCCUAUCAGACAGAAACUGUAUUAACACUGUAUUAAGACUUUAAAAUAAAGUGAAACAGGGCAGGUCCACGAAGCAGAAGUAGUUACCAGCCCCUGCUUUUUUAAUGUUUUAAGCCAGUAAAAAAAACAAGGCUUUUGUGCCUUGAUAUAUUUUAUAGUGCCAUCAUGUGGACUAAUCAUUUGUUAAGAGAUGAUUUUUUUUUUUUUUUUUUUUUUAAAUAGUCUCACCAGUUGUUGUUUUUUUUUUUUGUUGUUGUUUUUUUUGUAUUUGUACAGUGGCUUGGUGAUAAUGGUGUUACUAUAAGGUUACUAUAAGUUGAUAUUGUAUUAAAUAAAACUUUUAACCAAA